AAUUUAAUUUGGCAAUUUUCUGUUCUCUUUCUCUUUCAUCGCAGUUCAGACACAAAGCAGUUCUACCGCCAGCCGUAGAUCCGGCUUCUCUCUCUUGUUCUGGCUUCUGAUCUUCUUCCAAUGUCGCAGUUCCCUUACGCGCUAUCUAUAUGUUUGCUGCUAUCGGUGUUUUCUCUGUACAUUGAAGCCUCUGUUCACGACUACAGAGGAGAGAAAUUCGUCGGCAAAGGUAACGCCUUCGUGGUGCACGGAGGGAGUGAAGGGAUUUACUCUUCCCUCGGUAAUCAUAAUGAGACUUCCGUAGCUGCGAAUGGCGAUUCUUACAUAAAAUUUGAAAGGAUCACAUUCCGCCGACCCAAGGAAUCAAGUAACUUCAGCUCGUUGCCAAUUCAAGCUGUUAUCUUUGAAGUUGAAGAUAGGGAGACAAUUGGUGGUUCGGCCUAUGGUGGUCAAAGGGCUGUGUGUUGCACAGGUGAUCUUGCUAAACUGGGUGUAUGCACUGAAGGCCAGGUCAUUUACCGCCCUUCAACAAUAAACUCUGAGUGGCCUCAAGUUUAUAGCAUCUCAUUUAACACAAAUGAGGAAGAAGCAUCACUGCCACUAAGGUCUAUACAAAUAACAAAAACUGGGAUGUAUAACUUGUAUUUUAUUCAUUGUGAUUUGAGCCUUAAAGAAGUGGCUGUAGAAGGGAAAACUGUAUGGAAGAACCCUGCUGGUUAUCUUCCUGGCAGAAUGGCACCGCUGAAGAAUUUUUAUGGGUUCAUGUCCCUUGCCUUUGUUUUGCUUGGGAUCUAUUGGUUCUCUCAAUAUGCUAGAUUUUGGAAGGAAGUAUUUCCACUGCAGAACUGCAUCACUCUAGUUAUAACACUGGGCAUGUUUGAGAUGGCGCUAUGGUACUUUGACUAUGCCGAGUUCAAUGAAACCGGAGUCAGGCCAACUGGGACAACAAUAUGGGCAGUGACCUUUGGCACCAUUAAACGCACAGUGGCACGCCUUAUCAUUUUGAUGGUUUCAAUGGGCUAUGGAGUUGUGAGACCUACCCUUGGUGGGCUUACGUCAAAGGUGGUUAUGCUUGGAUCCACCUUCUUUAUUGCGUCUGAAGUCCUUGAGUUGAUUGAAAAUGUUGGAACAAUCAGUGAUCUUUCUGGAAAAGCAAGACUGUUUUUGGUUCUUCCUGUUGCAUUAUUGGAUGCAUUCUUCAUCCUAUGGAUUUUCACCUCACUUUCUGCAACUUUAAAUAAGCUUCAGGCUAGAAGGAUGAUGGUGAAACUAGACAUGUACAGGAAGUUCACUAACGCCUUGGCGGUAGCAGUGAUUGUAUCUGUGGGCUGGAUAUGCUAUGAGCUUUAUUUUAAAUCCAAUGAUGUAUACAACGAGCAGUGGCAGAAUGCAUGGAUCAUCCCUGCUUUUUGGCAAGUUCUGUCUUUCUCUCUCUUGUGUGUCAUCUGCGCUCUCUGGGCACCAUCUCAAACUUCUUUGAGAUAUGCAUAUACCGAUGAUGCUGGCGAUGUGUUUGACAAGGAUGAUACCAGCUUGACCCUCAUAAAACCAUCCCCAAUAUCAUCUUCAAAGGAUGUUCGAAGUGUGGUAGACGCUGGAUCAGUGCAAGACAGCAAUGGAGUUUCAAAUGGUGACAUAGAAGAAAAGACAGAAUAACCUAGAAUAUGCAUAUGAUCCUGGACCACCUCCUUUGUACCCAUCCUUAAAGUUAGCUAUGUAUACCUCUUUUUGUUUUUAAUUCUUUUAUCUCCUACAUCAGUCUUCCGUGUUGCUUUCUUGAUAGUUGCAGUUUCAGCUGCUCACAAGGAGAUUGAACAACAUGAUAGUUUUUCUUGUUCAUGAUGAAUUUGUGAUCAAAUUAUUUAUAUUAUCAAGCGACCAAUGGGACACUUCAUUUUUCGCCUUA